GCAUUGUGCUGCAGUUAGCCACCUAGCUAACCUAGCUUCAUAGCCGUGUGUCAGGGCUCAGAGCGGGCAGGUGUUCGCAGAGACUCCUCACCUGUCAGCACAGACCCGGAGACGCGUCCCACUCACCCACAGACCCGUGUGUGUCUGUUGUGUACAUAAAUAAACUGUCCCAGCAGAGCAGCUAGCCGGCUAGCAGUGCAGGCCGGUGGAUGUGUGGCUACAGCAGCCCCGGCUAGCUCGUUAGCUUAGCGUUAGUGUUAGCUUAGCGUUAGCAGAAUGAACCACAAAAGCAAGAAGAGGAUUAAGGAGGCGAAGCGGAGCGCCAGGCCGGAGCUGAAGGACUCUCAGGACUGGAUCAGACACGAGUACAGCGAGAGCUUCGACGUGUCGCCCCGCAGCGUGAAGGACAACGUUGAGCGCAUGGACGCCCUCCAUCUCAGUCCUGAAGAGUUCAUCCAGCGCUUCGAGCGGCCCUACAAACCCGUCGUGCUGCAGGGCUGCCAGGACAGCUGGCCCGCCCGCGAGAAGUGGACUCUGGAGCGCCUCAAACGCAAGUACCGCAACCAGAAGUUCAAGUGUGGGGAGGACAACGACGGCUACUCUGUGAAGAUGAAGAUGAAGUACUACAUGGAGUACCUGGAGACCACCAGGGACGACAGCCCGCUCUACAUCUUCGACAGCAGCUACGGUGAACACGCCAAACGCAGGAAGCUGCUGGACGACUACCAGGUGCCAGUCUUCUUCAGGGACGACCUGUUCCAGUUUGCUGGAGAGAAGCGCAGACCGCCGUACAGGUGGUUUGUGAUGGGCCCGGCUCGCUCCGGCACCGGCAUCCACAUCGACCCGCUGGGCACCAGCGCCUGGAACGCCCUGGUUCAAGGACACAAGAGGUGGUGUCUGUUCCCCACCAACACACCCCGCGAGCUGAUCAAAGUGUCCAGAGAGGACGGGGGCAACCAGCAGGACGAGGCUAUCACCUGGUUCAACGUGGUUUACCCCAGAACGCAGCAGCCCAGCUGGCCUCCAGAGUUCACCCCGCUGGAGAUCCUCCAGAGACCCGGGGAGACCGUCUUUGUGCCUGGCGGGUGGUGGCACGUAGUCCUCAACAUGGACACCACGAUCGCCGUCACUCAGAACUUCGCCAGCACGACCAACUUCCCCAUCGUGUGGCACAAAACCGUCCGAGGGCGACCCAAACUCUCCAGGAAGUGGUACCGGAUCUUGAAGCAGGAGAGGCCCGACCUGGCGGUGCUGGCCGACAAAGUUGAUCUUCAGGAGUCGACGGGCAUCGCGUCCGACAGCUCCAGUGACUCUUCAUCAUCUUCAUCCAGCUCGUCUGACUCCGACUCUGAUGCGGCGUCGGGCUCCGAGGGGGACGCCGUGUCCCACCGCAGGAAGAAGAGGCGGACCUGCGGGGCGUCGGCCAACGGGGACGCCAGCGGCCAGGACGACUGCGUCAGCAAGGAGAGGAGUUCGUCACGGUGACCUCGGCCCUCUGCAGGCUCCGCCCUCCUCCAGCCGGUGACUCCUCCCACUCACCAACACAGCUGCUUCCUGUCUAGUUUAGAACACGAGGGGGGGGCGGUCACUGGAGACCCCCGUCACCACUGUGCUUUCAAUCCACGUCUGCUUGUGUCUGUUUAGUGAGAUUGUAACCAGACUGGUGAGGGAACUGGUUUUAAAGGUCUGGUAUAUAUCUGGAAUAUUUAACGGUGAACCAGAGGACUUUUCUCUACACUUUGAUAUAGAUUCAACUCGGGCCUCUUGUUUCACAGGCGUAAACCGGCCCGUCACGGCCUGAUCACAUCUAAAUGAAUCCGCGUGGCGUCGUGACGUACUGGUCAGCGUAGCAGCGACUCACUGUGCCUUUUAAACCACCACAGAAGAAGAGACGAGGUCAUUAACCCUCUGAACCCCAAAGAGCCUUUUGGAGCGCUUUUGUCGCUCACAUUGUUCUCCCUUCACUGUUAAAGUCCUGUUUCUCCGUGCAAACAGAUCAAUCAAACAUGUCUUUAGGGCAGAAUAACACAGUUAUAAUGACAUAAAUCAUAAGAGAGAGUUACAUUUCUUUGAUAAUUUAUUUCACAAUAAUUGGAAACCAAUGGAAUCUAAAUAUCCAACGUCUGAAUGUGACCGAUGUUGUAAAGAAAAUGGAGGCUCUACAUGUUUUAUAUAUUGAACUAUUAAUAUUUUUACAUCCUCUCCUCUCUGCUCUCAGAUGAAUCAAUCAUAUCUUCAUAGAUUCACUGAGGAGCUCAGAAUUUAAUGUCUUUAACAGAAUCUGUUUAAAGGAAACGUUUCUUUUGGGGGGAGAUUUUAAACAAGAAGCGUUCAUUGCACAUGAUGUGUUCAAGGACUGACGGAAAGAUGUUUU